CUGUGAAUGACAAAGCUGAAAAAAGAAGCAGAGAAAAACUAUUUUUGUGGAAGCUGAUAUUUGUUUCUAUUUAAAAUGAACUACGGUUAAACGAUAGUCAGCUGCCGGUGCAUUUCACUACAUGAAGGCCAACGCUGGCAUAUAAACUGCCAGGAAUAGUCUAAUUACAUCGGGGACCUCGGGUUUGAACUUCUCCGCACACAAUAUUAUGGAACGCUUAAGGCUGAAGUGAUUUUUACGAGUUUAACAGUUAAUGAAGUGACUAGAGGGCCAUUGUUAUUGCCAGGACUUUUAAAUCAUUUCAACCACAAAUAAUAAAAUAUAUAGUUAUUUGUAAUGAACGCCGCCGGUGGAGGCAAUGGACCUCAGGUGGCAGCAGCUACGGCUGCCAAUAGCAGUCUCAGUAACAAUUCACUCCUUGCCAUGGCUUCCGGAGCCACCACAAUGCCGAUGGCCCAACUGGCCGACGGUUGGCUGGAACUAGAGUCCGAUCCUGGACUUUUUACUCGGCUUCUGGAAGAUUUUGGAUGUCACGACGUCCAGGUGGAGGAGGUGUAUGACCUGCAAAAACCCAUUGAGAGCCCCUAUGGAUUUAUUUUUCUUUUUCGCUGGAUCGAAGAACGGCGUGCCAGGCGCAAAAUCGUGGAGACCACUGCAGAGAUCUUCGUUAAGGAUGAGGAGGCCAUUUCAAGCAUUUUUUUCGCCCAGCAGGUGGUGCCGAAUAGCUGCGCCACUCACGCCCUGCUCUCUGUGCUUCUAAACUGCAACGAGAAUAACCUGCAACUGGGGGAUACUCUCAGCCGACUAAAAGCCCACACAAAAGGCAUGAGUCCCGAAAACAAAGGACUGGCCAUAGGCAACACUCCGGAACUGGCCUGUGCCCAUAAUUCGCACGCAAUGCCGCAAGCUCGACGCCGCCUGGAGCGCACUGGAGCUGGGGUCGCAAGCUGUCGUUUUACUGGAGAGGCGUUCCACUUCGUUAGCUUUGUGCCCAUCAACGGUCAGCUGUUUGAACUGGACGGUUUGAAACCAUAUCCUAUGAAUCACGGGGGUUGGGAGGAUAGCGAGGAUUGGACGGACAAGUUCCGCCGUGUAAUGGCGGAACGUCUUGGCAUUGCCACCGGCGAACAGGAUAUACGCUUCAAUUUAAUGGCCGUUGUGCCGGACAGGCGGAUUGCAAUAACGCACAAGCUAAAGAUGCUGCGCACAAAUCAGGCAAUCGUGUCCGGGACACUACAGAAACUGCUAAAGGCGGACGAGCAGGGUGAAUCGGGAAAUGGAGAUUCACAACGCCCGGACACUCCCACCACCUUACUGGAGCCGAGCGCCUUCACAGCAAGGGAUUUGCAAUCGCUGCUCAAAAACCUCGACACUGAGAUUGCCAUCAAUGAGCAACACCUUGCCGACGAAAACGACCGGCGACAAAUGUUUAAGGUGGACGCCAGUCGGCGCACUCACAACUACGACAAGUUUAUCUGCACCUUCCUCUCCAUGCUGGCGCACCAGGGUGUCCUGGGCGAGCUUGUGAGCCAGCAUCUGCUGCCGUCGAAGAAGAUAAGUGGCCAGGGCUCUGCCAAUCGGAUCAACAAGCAAAGCAGCUCCACCAAUGCGGGAGGCAGCACCGCAGGGGCCGGUGCGACCACGCCCAAGAGCCAGCAACAGCAGGCCGCAGCCGCUAAAAAUGGCAAGUCGCCCAGCAAAACUCCGGGCCGAAGGCGAAAGGGACGCAACAAGUGCAGAAAACGGAAGUAGAAGAGUUGUACAUGUUUUAAGAAUACAGUUUGCAUUUCUAAAACUA